AUGUGGAAAAUUCUAAGCCUGUGCCUAAUUGUGGCAAUCAUCGGAACAGAAGCCUACACCAAAUUUGGACGUGAUUGCCGGGAUAUUGCCUGUAGUGCAGGUGAAACUUGCCUCAUCUCGCAUAAGACAUGUGAAAGUGACCAGCGAGCUGGCGAACAUUGCGGAAAAUUUCCCAUGUGUGUGAGGGAGACUAGAGAAAGGGAUCAGCAUUCAAACGAUUUUACCAUUGACACCACAUCAACCAUUGCCAAUGCACCCACCAGCACGAAUACAAGCAACUACAACUAUGAGCUGCUGACCGAUCGGGGGGACUUAGAGCAUAUGGGGCAACAGCGUCAGUCAAAUGUUUAUGUUGUAGUCCAGGAUAUGGCUUCCACUUCCGUUUCCGAUUCCGAAUCCGAUUCUCCAUUUCACAAACUUUCCAAGCGGCAAGUUAUCAUGCCCGGAUCAAUGCCAAUGCCAGGGCCAGGACAAAUGCCAAUUGGUGGUGCACCCAUGCCCAUGCCCAUGCCAAUGCCAAUGCCCAUGGCAGCACCUAUGCCUGCACCUAUGCCAAUGCCAAUGGCAGCUGCUCCAGCAGGUCGUUCCUAUUACCCUCCGGCAAUGUCUACACCGCAAUACUCGUAUAUGCCCCCAAUGAUGCCUCAAAUGAUGCCACAAAAUGGAGGAGGCGGUGCAAGUGUAAUUGUUGAGCCUUUAGUUAUAUUACCUGUGGGCAUGGGCACGGCUUCGGGUAUGGGUGUUAAUGCAAAUCAAUAUUAUGGUCCAAGCGGCGUUUAUCCCCAAUACGCUAAUAACAAUAAUAAUGCUUACUAUCCCUAUGCCAGCACAACAUACACUACUACCUCAAGACCCUAUUACGACUACAGCAACUACAAUACCAAUAAUUACAACAACAAUAACUAUAGAAACACAACCAACUCGAAUGAUUACAAUUCAUAUGGCUAA